AUGGUGUACGAUUGGGCUGGGAAGCGGGAAAUCUGCUACCAGAUGUACAUCCAAGAGAAGAAGUCGCUGGAAGAAAUCAUGGAAUAUAUGCGGACCGCUUACCAGUUCGCGCCCAGUAAACGCGCGUUUCAAACCCAAUUCAAGCGAUGGGAGUUCCCGUCCAAGCAGAACCCAGCACACAAGAAUGUUGACCUCGUUGUGCGCGUGAAACACCUCUGGGAAAAGAACACUAGCCAGCGAGACAUGCUUCGCAUUCUGAAUGAGGAAGGCUUUGAGAUUAAAGAGAGGGAAUUAAUGCGAGUUCGCGCAAAGAAUCGUUGGCUAUUGCGAGUUCCCAAUGGAAUGAAGUCCCAUCCCAAUGCCGAGACGGAGGCAGUCAACCCCGAAGACGAGGGACUCCUUGCCUUGCAACAGGAAGUGUACAAAGUCGAAAGCGCACUGGAUGAUCCAGACGCUCUUCCCAAUGAGCCAGAUGCUGACCGACCGACCUCCGAAUCCCCCGCUCUGUCGCCUGAGGUCAUCGCAAAACGACAGGAGCGGCUGGAUCGCCUUAAGACAGAAAGCGCGGAGCGUUGGGCUUCCCGGAAACGUCGUCGUCGCACUCGAGGCUGGGCUGGUCUACCGGCCGACCCCCCUGGCCCUCCACGCUUCCCCUCGGAGACAACAAUUGACGAGAGCAAGCAGUAUCUCAGUCUAGACAACAACAUGUAUCGCCAGACCAGGGAUCAUUUCCAGCGAAUUUGUGAAGAAGCUGGAUUUAUAAAGAAAACGGCGGCCGGGCCUGAGAGAUGGCAGGCUGCGAAGGACAAGUUGAUCCAAGAAUCCCCGCAUCUUCAACAGGUCUUCAAUGCUGAUCCAACCCAACGUGAUGCAAAGGUACUUGCGCUUGACGUCGUUUGUACCGAUGUCACAAAACGGAUGCGGACUUUGGAGAGGCGAAUGACAAUCGCAGAAGCAAAAAACGCAUUGGGGAUCAACCCAGAGGAAAGCCGGCAGAUUCGAAAUGCCUUCUAUGACACAUUGAAAGUCGACCAUUUUACCAGCAAGCUGGAGGCCGGAGACGACCACUGGCGCGAGCUGAAAGACCAAUGGAUUUCGAACUCGGAGCUACUACGGCGAAUACUUGCUCCCGGGCAAACUGACCCAGAUCAUGCCAACAAACUCAAGGCUCUGGAAGUGCUUUGUCGCGACGUCAUGAAGAGAUUACGAGAUGAUCAAACAAAACGUGAUCCGGCCCGCAAGAGAUCUUCGGCACGCGCCGAGUCUCGUAACUCCACCCCCACAAAUACAAAUACCUCGAUGGGCAAUAUGUUGGGCAACGAAAUUAGCAAUGGGAUCAGCACACUGGCCUCUCAGGCACUGGCCAGCGCCCCGAUCUCCGCCACCGAAAUUGGAGACAUGCAAAUCGAUCCUUCUCUUCUUCAAGCAGCCAAUGACCCAUCCUUCACAAACCCUCAUGGCAACGGCGCCUUCGAGUAUGUGGGCACUAUGCUCAGCUCCGAAAUACAAAAUACCCCUGUCUACUUCCAGAUUGGCCCUUCGUCAGAGACGGCGAAACCAUGGCUCGAGAAGCUGACUACAUGCACGGUGGAAGAGCUCCGCCAGCUUAUUGACGCGAGAUACCCCUAUUCAAUCAUUUCUAGAAUCGAGGGAAUUGACAGAGAUGGUGACGGGAACGAGAUUCCGUUCUCUAUCGAAGAAGAUCAUGACCUGGAUGCUUAUUUGACCCAUGUGCAUGGAAGGAGGGCUCUACUUGUAUUCACCAUCUGA